AUGAUCCGUACUAUAUUGUUUGCAUGUCAUGAAUUUCUUAAUAUGAAAAUCUCAGAGGAAAAACUCAAAGACACCAAGGUAAUAACAUACAAAAAUGAGUUAGCCAAUACAAAGAUGAGAAGAAAAACAGUCAAGAAAAGUGUCAGGUUUGUGGAUACAGAACGAGAUGCUCUUUUGGAAAAAGAGGAAAAGAAGGAGUUGAUGAAUGGAAAAAGAAGCUGCAACAAUGAUUGUAGUAGUGGUUUUGAUGAAUUAGGAGAAAGAGAAAGGAUAAAUAUUAGAAUAAAGGUAAAGAUGACAAAGGAAGAAGCUGCUAAGUUUUUGUCAAAAUUUAAUAACAAGGAAGGAGAGGUUCUUCCAUUCAAAGAUGUUUCUCCUCAGCUUGUGGCUCUCCCACUCCACAGAUUUACCAUUGUGUCCACUUGA